GGUCCUCGCCGCCGCGAUGAAGCGGCCCUGCGAGGAGACGACCUCCGAGAGCGACAUGGACGAGACCAUCGACGUGGGGAGCGAGAACAAUUACUCCGGGCAAAGUACAAGCUCUGUGAUGAGAUCGAAUUCUCCAACCACAACAUCUCAGAUUAUGGCAAGAAAGAAAAGGAGAGGGAUCAUAGAGAAACGGCGUCGGGAUCGGAUAAAUAACAGUUUAUCUGAGUUGAGACGCCUGGUGCCAACGGCUUUUGAAAAACAAGGGUCUGCAAAGUUGGAAAAGGCUGAAAUACUACAAAUGACGGUGGAUCACUUAAAGAUGCUUCAGGCAACAGGGGCUAAAGGCUACUUUGACGCCCAUGCUCUCGCCAUGGACUUCAUGAGCAUUGGAUUCCGAGAGUGCCUGACUGAAGUAGCCCGGUACCUGAGCUCAGUGGAAGGCCUGGACUCCUCAGACCCAUUGCGUGUACGGCUCGUCUCCCAUCUCAGUACCUGUGCCUCCCAGCGAGAAGCAGCAGCCAUGACGUCCUCCAUGGUCCACCACCACCACCCCCUGCAUCCUCACCACUGGGCUGCAGCCUUCCACCACCUCCCCGCAGCCCUGCUCCAGCCCAACGGACUCCAUGCUUCGGAGUCAACCCCGUGCCGUCUCUCCACAACGUCAGAAGUGCCUCCUGCCCAUGGCUCUGCCCUCCUCACAGCCACAUUUGCUCAUGCAGAUUCUGCCCUUCGGAUGCCAUCAACGGGCAGUGUCGCCCCUUGUGUGCCACCUCUCUCCACCUCUCUGUUGUCUCUGUCAGCCACAGUGCAUGCUGCAGCUGCUGCAGCCACCGCAGCUGCACACAGCUUCCCCCUGUCCUUUGCAGGGGCAUUCCCCAUGCUCCCCCCAAAUGCAGCCGCAGCAGUGGCAGCAGCCACAGCCAUCAGCCCACCUUUGUCGGUGUCAGCAGCAUCCAGUCCUCAGCAGACAAGCAAUGGAACAAACAGUAAACCUUACCGACCCUGGGGGACAGAAGUUGGAGCCUUUUAAAUUAUCCUUGAACUUCUUGCAAUAGUAACGGAAUGUCCUUCCUUUCAGAGUCAGCUUCCAGCCUCUGCACACUGAAGUUAGUAACCAUAUGACACCUACAGAUCCGCAAGGAAACAAUAAAGCUAUCUGACAUGCAAACUUCACAAGUGGAAAUGUAUUAUUAUCUUGUUUCCCCUAUUCUUUGGUUUAAGGCAGCUUGGUAACUGACACCAGCAACUUUUGAAAACUUCACACUUACUUCCAUUUAAAUGUUUCUUGGAAAAAUACAUGGAUGGUACCAUCCAACAGUGUCAUGACUGAAUUCUUUUGAAACUAGGAAGGAGAUUAAAAGUCGUGUUUUCUAAGUGCCUGAGCUGAGGAAGAUUGUCUUCGGAACAUGUAACAUUGCACAAGUCCAGAAGGGUGUAGUGGUUAGGUUAGAGAAGAGGAUCAGGUAUCCUGUGAUGGGCUGCAAGUGAUGCAGUCCAAAGGUGGGAUGGACUGCUCUGUUGAACCAACAGGUUUUAUUGGUCCAAAAGGUGGUUGAAAAUAAUUUUUAAGCUGGAAAGCCUAGUUUUGUUUUAGUUUGCUCUCUUUGUACAGACUUGCCAAGCAGUGUCACUUAUCAGUGCAUUGGUACAAGCAAUAAUUCCAUCAGUGCCCAGAUAAGAAGCAUUUCUGCUCUGCCUUCAAGCCCUCAGACACUCUGUGGGGGAGGAGAUGGUUCACAAUAUGGUGCUUCUUUUAUAAGCUUACAUUCAUACAAUGCACCUAGAGGUAACUGCCACUGUGUGCCUACCAGAGGCUAACUCAUGCCAACUUGAAAACUAGUUUGCAAGAGUUUGUAUUAAUUUAUUCAGUUUCAUUUGUACAAUUUUCUAUAUCCUCUUCACAUUCUCUUGAUAACAUGUAACAUCUGCCCUUGUUACCUUUUGAUGGGAUGUUGCAUUUCUGGAGGUGAUAAGACAAGGAAAGGGCACAGGGGAGAGAGAAGCCGCAUGUUUUAAAUGCUUUUGGUCCCUUGGUGAUGACAUUCGAUCCCAAAUCAAAUGAAUGUAUGCAGUGGGAUGUACAUAGAUUACUUUUGUCCGUACCUAGGCUAGUGCUACAUAAUGGUGUUUUGGUUUUGUUUUUUUGAUCUUGUUUAAUGACAGAAUAACCUCUUAAUACAUUGAAAUUGAGCACAUGAGAUUUUAUAUCUGAAAGACAGAAACACAGCAUGUAUUAGUAUGCACUUCAUUUCUCUGCUGUGUGGAGAAGCAAUAAAUAUGAGAAUAUUAAACAUUAUGCAAAGUUAUACUUUUAAAUAUUUGUUUUAAAAUACUGUGCCUAGUCUUUUUUGCAUUACUUUGUAACCUUUUUCUAUGCAAAAGUCUCCGUAUCACUAAUUAAAUGAAAUCCUUUUUGAUUA